AUGGCAACUAUGAAAGUGGCGAAACCUGUUAAUCAGUUAUUUAAGAGCAAAAAAACGACUCCUUUUUUAGGAUGGUCUUCAGAAAAAAUAAAAUGCUAUAAGAGUAUUCUUGAAAAGAUAUCUGUUUCCGAUUUUAAGCUGUCAAAAAUUCAAGCGUUUGGUGAUGCUAGGCUAUUGGACGAGUUAAGAGAAGCUACAAAAGUGAAAUUUUCUACUAAAUGGCAUAAGCAAAGUGCUGUACAAAUUGUUAAUAGCACAGCUACAGAAUUUACCGAUUCGACUAAUCAAACUGUAGCAUAUACGGCUGGAGGGCUAUCUGCUUUAUUAAAAGCAUUCGAAUUGUUGCAUAACCGCUCGGAAAUGAAAGUCGUUUUCUCUUCAGAUAGUCAUUUAUCAAUAAUGGAUCGCAGUGGUCUACAGGCACAUCAACAUCCCACACAAUACGAUGAAUAUACAUUAUCAGAUUUAAUCAAAGCUCUCUCGUUCAAUUUUAUCGAUUCUAGAGAUCCUGAAAAAUCUAAUUACCAGUCGUUUUCCAUUCCGAUGCUCAAUCCUAGUACCUCAAAACUGAUUUCUUACACAAAUUUUUUUUUGGAGUUUCUUCAACAGAAAGGUAUGGCCGGAUUCGAUGUUACACAAAGGAGUAAAUUAGUGGUUGAAGGGCAAAAACUGUCGUUGGAGAAUUUUUCUUACAUCGAUUAUUUGACAAGGGCUAGCUUGAAUAAAUCUAUUAUGGAGCGGAAGGGACGUCUAUAUUUUGGUUUUCCAGAGGAUCUUCCAAGGUUAAAACAUGGUUUAAAUUCAUGGAAAAUGCUAGGCAUUGAGUCUUACUUUGUUGAUGAUGCGUUCUUGAAAGAUAGAACUUUAUUUGAUAUAGAAAAUCAACCGGUGCACGCAUAUUUCAUUCCUGGUGAUGGCUUUUUUUAUCCUGAUAUCAUGGAAGUGAUCAUUGAAUAUUUACAGUUACAUUAUCCUGACAAAUUCGAGUACCGAGCUAAUACAAAACUAGCUUCUGUUUAUAUUAAUCCAGGCAGUGAAACAGCAGUCGCUGUCAAGGAAAUAACACCAGAUGGUAGUGACCGAUAUUCGUCCAUUAAUUCUAUAUAUUGUUCACUAGGACAUGACCAAGUUUUUCGUAAUGGUCAGGCCAUAUAUAAGGAAACCUUGGCAACUAGUACCACUGGAGACUGGGUACAACAUAUCCAUGUCGAUGAUCUUAAGAGCAGACUGACAAAUAAUAUGACUAUUGAAGAGUAUCUUAAUAAUUCAGAAUACAAUCUGCCUUAUGCUGAUAAGUUUAAUCUUCACGUCACAAGGCUUGGAUAUAAAAAAUCAUCCAUUCAAGAUUGGUAUGACAUAUUUUAUAGAGUGACUGAAGGCGGCGUACUCAAUUAUCAAACUGGACUAGGAAGCAAAAAUGAAAAAAGAGGUCAUUCAGUAUUGGAAAAAAAAGAUGUUAUCAAUAAGUUAUAUAAGCUAAACAAAACACAAUUAGGUAUUUGGAAACCAAUCACAGAAGGUAGUUGCUCGCGAAAGAUAGACAAAAAUAACACGAGGACAAAUCAUUCAGUUGCAUCUAAUGCUAUUUUUUCUAUAAAUGCUUCUGGUACAGGUGUUGUUGACGCUGCGAAACAUAUUAAGCUCCAAAAAAUAGAUUUUUGGAAUAAAGGCAUUUUGAAAGUGGUACCGAUUCAAAUUCCAAGAGCUGAUACGCUAGGAUUAAUGGAAUCGCCAACAAACCAUAUUGCAUGA